AGGCAGCAUCCGGGGGGAACGGGGCCGGCCGGGGGGGGGGGGGUGCCCCAGGCGGGCUUCCUGGAACCCCGGCUCCGCGGCCGCCUGCACCCUGACACAGGCCGGAUAAGAGCCAGGCUGCUUUAUCGGAGCCCGGCUGGCGGCCACGCGCCGUCCCCGCGGCACCACGAGGAAGACCGCGGGCAGGGGGUCCUCCGAGGCCAUCUUCCGAGCGGCCAGUCCGGACAGGCUGGUUUCCCGAGCCCCGCAGCCGAUGGGAGCCGACGCUCGCUUCAGCGAUAGAGAAAGCCGAGUGGCUUCCAGGAGGACGGCGUGACACGGCCCUGAAUGUCGAGACCUGCUCGAUGGUGACAGCCAUGUCGGUGAGGGUGCGGUUCCUGUCCUCUGGGGACUCAGGGGCCGUGGGGGUCAUGGGCCGGAGCGCCUCCUUUGCCGGCUUCAGCAGUGCCCAGAGCCGGAGGAUCGCGAACUCAGUGAGGUCUCGAAUACCUGUGAAAUCCUCCAAGAUGUAUGGCACGCUGCGGAAGGGGUCUAUCUGCUCGGAUCCCAAGCCACAGCAAGUGAAGAAGAUCUUUGAAGCACUGAAGAGAGGCCUCAAGGAGUAUCUGUGCAUCCAGCAGGCCGAGCUGGAUUACCUGUCAGGACGCCACAAGGACACCCGCAGGAAUUCCAGGCUGGCUUUCUAUUAUGACCUGGACAAGCAAACACGCUCUGUGGAAAGGCACAUUCGGAAGAUGGAGUUUCACAUCAGCAAGGUGGAUGAGCUCUACGAAGGCUACUGCAUCCAGUGCCGCCUGCGCGACGGCGCCUCCAACAUGCAGCGGGCCUUCUCCCGGUGCCCGCCGAGCCGCGCGUCCCGAGAGAGCCUUCAAGAGCUGGGCCGCAGCCUGCAGGAGUGCACCGAGGACAUGUGGCUUAUCGAGGGGGCCCUGGAGGUUCACCUGGGCGAGUUCCACGUCAGGAUGAAAGGCUUGGUGGGCUACGCACGCCUCUGUCCGGGAGACCAGUAUGAGGUGCUCCUGCGCCUGGGCCGCCAGCGCUGGAAGCUGAGGGGCCGGAUCGAGUCUGACGACAGCCAGACCUGGGACGAGGAGGAGAAGGCCUUCAUCCCCACCCUGCACGAAAACUUCGAGAUCAAGGUGACAGAGCUUCGGGGCCUGAGCUCGCUGGCGGUGGGCACAGUGACCUGCGACAUCACCGACUUCUUCACAACCCGGCCGCAGGUCAUCGUGGUGGACAUCACAGAGCUGGGCACCAUCAAGCUGCAGCUGGAGGUGCUGUGGAACCCGUUUGAUACCGAGAGCUUCCUGGUGUCGCCCAGCCCCACGGGCAAGUUCUCUGUGGGCAGCAGGAAGGGCUUCCUGUACAACUGGACACCCCCGAGCACCCCCAGCUUCCGGGAGAGAUACUACCUGCCUGUCCUGCAGCAGCCAGCACAGCAAGCUUUGCUGCUGGACAGGCCGAGGGCCACCUCCAUCCUCAGCUGCCUGUCCGACGGUGACCUUCGGGGCCCUGGCCUGUGGAGCCAGAGUCAGGAGCUGCCUGAGAUGGACUCCUUUAGCUCCGAGGACCCCCGAGACACUGAGACCAGCACAACAGCAUCCACCUCGGACGUGGGCUUCCUGCCCUUGGCCAUUGGCCCCAACACGUCCAUUGAAGAGGGGGCCCAGGAGGAGCCCCCACCCCCGGGCCUCCUGCCAGAGGUGUUCCACCUGGCGGAAGGCUCAUUUGUGGAGCAGCCUGGGUGGAGAAAUUUGGGAGUAGAAAGCCUCGACCUGCCACGGGGCUCCCCCUUCCACAGCCACGUGAUCCCUGGAAGCCAGGAAGGCCACGAUGAAGCAGAAACCGAGGAUGGAGUGGAUGGGCCCGGGGUGCCCCUCGAGAGGCCCCUGCAGGAUGUCCUGGAUUUACUGAGGUCCACGGACCCUGCCCCGCCCCAGCUCCGGGAGCUGGAGUACCAGGUCCUCAGCUUCAGGGACCGGCUGAAGCCCCGCGGAGCCCGCCGGGAGCACGCGUCCGCCGAGAGCCUGAUGGAGUACAUCCUGGAGAGCUUCUCCUUCCUCAGCGCCCACAUCGCCCCGCAUGAGCUGGCCCUGUUUGGGGGCUCCCAGGGUCCCCGAAAGGACAAGACUCCACCUCCACCGCCAUCGCUGAAAGCACCGUCCAGGGAGCUCACGGCUGGUGCCCCAGAGCUGGACGUGCUGCUCACGGUUCACCUCCAAAUCUGCAAAGUGCUGCUGCAGAAACUGGAUUCUCCUAAUUUGUCGAAGAUGGUCCAGGAAUGCCUUCUGGAAGAAGCUGCACAGCAAAAACAGAUUCUGGAGACGCUUUCUGUGCUUGAUUUUGAGAAGGUCAGCAAGGCGACAUCCAUUGAAGAGAUCAUCCCGCAGGCCACGCGGAGGAAGGGGUGCCUGAAGCUGUGGAGAGGCUGCACGGAGCCCGGCGCGGUCCUGUCCUGCCCUGGUACAGUGCUGCUGGACCAGCUCAAGAAGACGUUCCUGCACAGAGUCAGAGGGAAAUACCCGGGACAACUGGAAAUAGUGUGCCGCAGGCUCCUGGAGCAGGUGGUCAGCUGCGGCGGGCUGCUGCCCGGAGCCGGGCUCCCUGAAGAACAGACCAUCACCUGGUUCCAGUUUCACAGCUACCUGCGGAGGCAGAGUGUCUCCGACCUGGAGAAGCACUUCGCUCAGCUCACCAAGGAAGUAACACUCUUCGAGGAGCUGCAGUGCGUGGGCCAGGCCAAGAUAGUCAGGAAGCUGCAGGGGAAGCGGCUGGGCCAGCUCCAGCCCCUGCCCCAGACGUUGAGGGCCUGGGCGCUGCUCCAGCUGGACGGGACCCCACGGGUGUGCAGGGCGGCCAGUGCUCGCUUGGCCAGCGCAGCCAGGAACAAGAGCUUUCGGGAAAAGGCUUUGCUCUUCUACACCAACGCCCUGACCGAGAAUGAUGCAAAGCUCCAGGAAGCUGCGUGCGUGGCGCUAAAACAUCUCAGGGGCAUCGAAAGCAUUGAUCAGAUUGCCCGCCUGUGCCAGUCUGACUUGGAGGCCGUGCGAGCGGCAGCCCGGGAAAGCACACUGUCAUUUGGUGAAAAAGGACGCUUAGCUUUUGAGAAGAUGGACAAACUUUGCUCAGAACAAAGAGACGAAGCCUUUGGCCAGGAGGCAGAUGUUGAAAUCACAAUAUUUUAAAAAGCCUCAGCUAACGAACGAGCCCAAACCCGGCACCUUUGUUUCUGCUGCUGCCCAGCCUCGACACAGGGAGGGCUUCGGGUGGAGGUACGCGGUGCGCUCUCCCAAGAGCGUGAACGGGCCGGAGCUGCUCCCAGACUCUGGGCCAGUUACGAAGCCCCAGGGCACAAGUGGGACUUCUGUGUGGGAGCAGAGCAAGGGGCUGCACAGCACUUAGAGGGCUGCACUUCAGUCAGUCAGCCGUUGGCUUUGAGAAUCUGCCCGACCUUCCCCGGGGGCAGAGCCGGGUCGGUGCCAGCCACGCCACGAAGGGGCUGAGGCCAGGCAGGCGGAGGCCUGGAAUCAGCAGGUCGGCUGGCGCAGCGCUUCUGGUUCACUAAAGACUGGGACCGAGGAGACAAGCAGACCGAGCAUCCCUGCUGAGGACAGAACUCGGGUCGUUCCCACAGCAGCAGGUGUCAGUGUGGGGAGGGCAGGACCAGGGUUUCGACGGUUCGCCCCCUCAGCCCGAGCUGCAGCCCAAACGGCACCGGGGAGCCGGCUGGCGGCCUGCUGACCGUGGGCCUUAUUUUCACUGUGGUUCCACAGCACAGAGGAAACGAGAACAUGCUGUCAGCCGAGAAGUCUUGAGUGCCAUUUGCUUUGACCUCACUCAUCAGAAUGGAAUCCAUCUUCUGAAGCAAGUCAACUUAGGGCUUAUUAAAUAAAUUGCUUCAGAAGCCAUAAGCUAGUUUGAAGAAAGAUUUUACUGAACAUCAUGUUUAAAGAAGGAAAAUUAAUUUCCUAUUUAAGUCUAUUAAAAAACCCAAACGUGUACUGGGCUGUUUCAGGGUUAAGAACGUAGAGGUACCCUGGGGUCUGGAUGUGGUAUCAACAAUGGCAUUGGAAAGCUCUGUAACUUAAACAUGCUCAUUUACAUUUCCUGUGUAUAUUCUGUGCUUUUCCGUUUAACUCAGUAUUUAUUUGCCUUGUCCAUAUGUUGUCUUCUGAAAUUUCAAUUAAAAUAACUUUUUAUUGGUGUU